CAUCUGGAGCAGGUCAUACAGGCAGUUCCUGUCGGGCUGACCGCCUAUAGCCGGUUGUAAUAAACUGGGGUUUAAGCAAUGGUGUGGGUGGAGGGGAUGGAUUCACUCACGGAAUUGGGGUUUUUGGUUAUCUAUAUAUAAAUCCAUUCCUUAUUACAAUAAAUUAUUCAUCAUCAAUUUUCUGGGCAGUCAAAUUCUCCUGGGAUUUUUGUGUUUUCUAGGAAUUGUCAAUGGCGUCCGACAUGGAUUUUUGCUUGUCCGAAGCAUUGUAAGAACACCGGCGUAUGUGUUGUCCGGAGCAAAUUUAUGGCGCUACAGAAGAGAUUAAACUACGGAUUCAACGGCUACGAGGCGCCGCCGAUGCCUCGAGCCGCAAGAUCAGUCCGGAAACGGUCCGUAUUCAAGCGAAAACCCGACGAUCGCAACAUGUGCGCCGCGUUCGACUUGCUGGCAACUGUCGCCGGGAAAUUGCCGUCGACGAACACUUCUCCCGCCAAAAAGGACGCGUCCAUCGAAGACGAUAAUCCGUUCGUCGAAAAGAGUCGAGAAUGGAACUUUCUGGUGACGGAGCUCGUUCGUAAAGCUCCCGAUACGAAAGAACUCGUCUCCGCCCCUGUUUCUGUCGUUACGUCUUCCGAUUGCUCGGAAAAGCUCGGUUCUUCCGAGCAGUUGGUUAACGACGACUGCAAGCUCAGCCUCGGGAUUUUUCCUGCGGCAGAUAACGGUGUCGAUUCGUCGAGCUUUAAUAAAGUGUCUCGUGGGUCUGUCCCGUCCCGUCGGGACGAUGUGAAAUUAGGUAAUAGCGACGAUGACGAAAACAGUUCCGAGUGCGCCGGAAAGAACGACUUCAAGCGUAUACGAUCACAACGCGACUAUCCUUUCAAAAAACGGAAGCUUUAUAGUAGUAGCUCGACGUCGAAUUUCAACGAAGGCGUCGGCUGUCGACAGCACGAAAUUGACGCUAGUGAAGGCGCGCUCGGUUCUAGUUCGUCGGGAGUGAAGCUUAAGAUCAAGUCGUUUAGAGUUCCCGAGUUACUCAUCGAGAUACCCGAGACCGCGACCGUUGGGUCUCUAAAGAGAAUGGUCUUGGAAGCCGUAGGUUCUUUGCUCGGCGGCGAGCUACACGUCGGAGUUCUUCUUCAGGGCAAGAGGAUUCGAGACGAUAACAAAACGUUACUCCAGACUGGAAUUUCUCGCGAAAGCAACACGAUCGAUGCCCUCGGGUUUACGCUCGAGCCGAGCCCCCCGACUGCUGCUUUAAUCCAAUCCAAUUGUCCCGACAAAGCGCUGAUCGAACAUCCAAAACCGUUGGCGAGGUACCUGGAGGCUCCAAGUACGAGUCGAAGCACUUUGCAGCAGCCCGACACUCGACUGGACCUUAAUUUGUACAAUUCGACGGGUACGUUUCAUGACUGGCCGUUGUCGCAGAAAAUUGGCUCUGAAUCGAAGGCACUUGUCCCUGUAAUGAAACAUGCUUCUUUGCGGAAAUCCAAGAGGUCCGAGUCCGCGCAGCGCAGAAUCCGUCGACCAUUCACAGUUGCUGAAGUGGAAGCUCUCGUCCAGGCCGUCGAGAAACUUGGAACGGGAAGAUGGCGCGACGUUAAGCUAAGGGCGUUCGACAGUGCGAAGCAUCGAACUUAUGUGGAUUUAAAGGAUAAAUGGAAGACGUUGGUGCACACGGCGAGAAUAUCGCCGCAGCAGAGACGGGGAGAGCCGGUGCCGCAGGAGCUGCUGGACCGGGUGCUGAUGGCGCACGCCUACUGGUCGCAGCAGCAGCAGCUGCGGUCGACUAAUCCCGACGCCUGCCGUCUUCUUCUUUGAUCGAUAAUUAAUGCGAAAAUAGGUAUUCGAUAAUAUCGAUGGAUGGAUGUGUAAAAAAGGAGCUGUGAAGUGAAAGUGUGUGUUUCUUGGAGGAGCAGCAGCAGCUUACGAUUCUUUGAUGUUCAUUUCUGUUGUAUUUAAAGUUCAUUUCUUUCUGGGUUUGUUUGUAUAAUAUUAAUACAUACAGAUACAUACAUAUACAUGUUCUCGUACUUCUUGUAGAGUUGUUAGGGUUGGAUCAUGAAUAUAUAUAUAUAUGUUUGUUUGUUAGGCCUUGUAAGGAAAAUAAUAAUUAUAAUAAUAACAAUUA